GUAUAAUCGGGCACGAAUUUGCAGCCUCCGCGUCCAAACGUUGGUGGGCGACCUCAGUGGGGGAGAGAAGGCGGCCUUUCCUUCAGUCCCUCAGCGCGAGCGAGAUUCUUCCCAUCGCCCGCCUACCAAAAGCUGCGCGCGGAGGGGUCCGGGGCAUCAGCAGCGGCAGCGCCGGCGAAGGGGAGGAGGGCCUGCGAAGCAGGAGGAGGAGGCGGAGGGGAGCGCGCGCUGGGCGCAAGGAGCUGAGUGGACGGCUCGAGACGGUGGCGCGUGCAGCAGCGGCAGCUCCUCCAGAAAGAGACACACAAUUGGCAGCGUCGAGCUGCGCUUCCAGCAGCAGGAGCCGGGAGUCUGGUGCGGCGGGGAUCGCAGCAAGAUGCUAAAGGUAGCAGCCUUCGUGUGUGUGUGGGCAGCCGCUUGGUGCAGUCAGGCUGUUGUAGCGGCUGCGGCGGCGGCAGCAGCAGCGGCGACGGGAGCCGGGGGCAGGUCAGACAGCGGCAAUUUUCUGGAUGAUAAACAGUGGCUUACAACUAUCUCUCAAUAUGACAAGGAGGUUGGACAGUGGAACAAAUUCCGAGACGUGGAUUAUGCCCUAUUGGAAAUCUCUGUGCUAGUGGCUGCUAAAAAUGUCAAUAGAGACAUGGAAGUUCGUAACGCUAUAACCAUUUCUAUGGAUGAUUAUUUUCGCACAUGGAGUCCAGCUAGACCUUUUGAUCAAGCUUUAGACCCAGCUAAAGAUCCAUGCUUAAAGAUGAAAUGUAGUCGCCAUAAGGUAUGCGUUGCUCAAGAUCAACAAACUGCUGUUUGCAUUAGCCAUCGGAGACUUACGCACAGUAUGAAAGAGGCUGGUUUAGGCCAUAAGCAGUGGAGAGUUGGUCCUAUUUCAUCAAAAUGCAAGCAGUGUCCAGCGGUUUAUACCAGUCCUGUUUGUGGAUCAGAUGGCCAUGCCUAUUCAUCUCAGUGCAAACUAGAAUAUCAAGCCUGUGUCUCAGGAAAACAGAUCUCAGUGAAGUGUGAAGGACGUUGUCCUUGUCCUUCGUAUAAAUCCACAAGUAUAGGCAGAACUGAUAAGAGGGUGUGCAGUGACCUGGAGUUCAGAGAGGUUGCAAACAGAUUGCGAGAUUGGUUCAAGGCACUCCAUGAAAGUGGAAUUCAGAAGAGGACAAGAACUGUACAAAGGCCUGAAAGAAGCAGAUUUGAUACCAGCAUUUUGCCAAUUUGCAAGGAUUCCCUUGGCUGGAUGUUUAACAGGCUUGAUACGAACUAUGACCUGCUUUUGGACCAGUCAGAGCUUGGAAGCAUUUACCUUGACAAGAAUGAACAGUGCACCAAGGCAUUCUUCAAUUCAUGUGAUACUUACAAAGACAGUUUGAUAUCUAAUAAUGAGUGGUGCUACUGCUUCCAGAGACAGCAAGACCCACCUUGCCAGACAGAGCUCAGCAACAUUCAGAAACAGCAAGGGGGAAAGAAACUCCUAGGGCAGUAUAUCCCUCUAUGUGAUGAAGAUGGGUACUACAAACCAACCCAGUGCCAUGGAAGUGCAGGACAAUGCUGGUGUGUUGACAGAUAUGGCAAUGAGGUAACGGGAUCCAGAACACAUGGUGCUGCAGAUUGUGUUAUUGAUCUAGAAACAUCAGGUGAUUUUGCCAGUGGUGAUUUCCAUGAAUGGACGGAUGAUGAGGAUGAUGAUAUGAUGAAUGAUGAAGAUGAAAUUGAAGAUGACGAUGAAGAUGAAGGAGAUGAUGAUGACGAUGAUGACCAUGAAGGAUAUAUUUGAUGCUUUUAGCUAUGAAUAAAUUGUCUCUUUCUAAUAUUUACAAGAUGGCAUCCCAGAAAAUUCCCAUACCUUUGAAAGUCAAAAGGAUUCUAAACAACAUGUAUAUUUUGUAUGAUUACUUGAAAUAUUGCAGCUGGAGUCAUAGACUUUCUUUGUUUAAAUGAAAAUCAUUAUAUUAUGUGUUUUUAUAUGCCAUUGAGCAGAAGAAAACACACUGGAGUCUAGCCUGAAGAAAGAAAUGUGUAUGUGCUACUAAAAAGAAACCUUUAAAUGUGCAGAUAAUCAUAAGGACAACCAAACUUUUAAAAUUUCCAUGAGGAAAAAAACAUGACAUAUUCUGUUUGGGAAUAUGUAUGUAUGGCCACUUCUAGUACAGUAGCUAUAAGUAAAGAAAUGUUUAACUUUCGCGUGAUUUAGAUCCUGUGGAGAUUUUUCCCCCCUUCAAAAUGUGCAUGGACCGGAUAAGCAAAGCUCAGUAAAGACAUAACAUGUUGCCAGCUUAUAAUUUUCCAGAGGAGUGGAGAAGCUGAGACUGUAGAAGUGGAGUCAGGCCCUCCUUUGUGUUUGAAACUGUUAUGUUUUUGACUUUGAAAUUACUAGGAUCUUGACAUGAUGUUUUUAAAAUGCAGUAAACCUGGACAAGCAUAGAUUCUGCAAAUAUAAAGUUUUGUUGUCCUUUUGUUUUCAGUUUUUCUUUUUUUGUGUCAAAAUCAUAAAAGCUUGUUAUGUGUGCAGGCGACCUGAUCAUGUUGCCUUUAUUUCUAUAGUGUUCUAACCAUAAAAUUAGUUUUAACAUAUUUUAAUGGGGAAACUUUACAUAAAACGUGUUUAUAUAUUACUGUACUUGAUGACCCUUGCCCCAAGAAACACUUUCUAACCCAUUAGUAUGAUAUUUAGUUUUCUAACUCAUAACUAAUUUUACAUCUCUCCUAAUUCAUAUUGCCCUUUUUGAUUUCUAGUUCAGAACUUUAGAGCAGUAUUGUAAGGUGCCUUGCAAAAUAGAAAUAGAAAGAUUUAUAGCAUGCAUACCGAUAUAAAAUUAUUGGGCAAUAGCUGAGCUUUACCAAAUUCCAAAUUUAAUAUCAGUAUAGGUACUGCUGCUGGAAUGGAGAAAUGGGUUAUUUUCCCGCCACCCCCAUUGUUAUGUAAUUAUCAUGUAGAAUACAUUAUAAUUCUUAAGUAGAAUAGCAUUCAAGUUUGACUGUAGAGAAAAUUAUUUUAAUCAUUGUAUUUAUGUUAGCAUGUUAAUUAAUUGUGUAGACGUUUUGAAACUCCACCAUUUUCAUUCAUAUCAGACCUGUGGCUUUAUGCCAUACUAAAACCGAAAGAACUUGUAUAAUAUUAUGCAAGCAGUUGUUUAAUUUCAACUGUGUGUUAAUGUUUUCCCUGCAGAUGUUUAUCUGCAGCUAACUAAAAGGAAAAAAAUGGUUUCUUCUUUGAGUUUGAUUUCAAUAGGUUUAAUACUAAAUUUAAUAUCUUAUGUUAUAUUAAAGUAUACGGCAGUUUUCUUUUAAUGUUUAUGUAUAGUUUGCAAAAUAAAGACUCUUGUAACCAA